AUGACGUCAUCCUUGUGCCCUCGCCAUACAUGGUCAUGCUCUAGCUUCUCGACGUCCCGCGCAAUUCAAGCCGUGGAUCGCGGCGGCGGUAGGGGAACCGUUGCCGAGCCUUGCAACCGUCAAACAAGCGGGCGGCCAAUGGUGAUACGAUCAGUCACAGCUCGUUACAUUCUCGCGACAAAUCCUUCCCGCCGAUCUCAGCCAAUCAGCCGUCUCCUAGGCUCCACGUGCCCCCCCUCCCUCGCGUCCGUACACGCGAUGCGAGCCACCCACUAUUCGCGCUGUAGCGUUCCCCGCGAAACAGCACGUGCGCUGAAUCUGACGUGUCGCCCGGCGGCAAGCCUAGCUGCACUUGGUCGUGUUUCGUUGACCAGCGGUGUGGGUCUAGCCGUUGGAAUCGGCGCGCUUAUAGCGUAUCUUGCUAUCAAGAAUGGAAGGAGAUUAAUCGACGGCAGGAGGAGCGCGUCGAGCGGGAGCACCGCCGGUAUUCGCGGUUCAAGAGUCGCUGCGAGGAGUGUCGCUGCGGGAGACAGUGCUGCUGUUGCUAGCGGGAACGGCGCCGGAAAAUCCGGCGGAAAUCGCGGAGUUGGGACGCCGAAGCGGAGUCCGGAAGGGCUGAAACUGGUGGGGGGGAACGGAGAGGUGCAUCAGGAGCUGACGUGGCAGCUUCCCUCGUUACAAGAACCUUACAGGCCCUUCUUUGGACCACUGGCCAACUGCCACGUGGAGACCAUCUUUGCAGCCGUGGCGCGUUCCCUGCCAGCCGUGCGGUUCAGAAGGGAGUGCCUGAGAAUGGCGGACGGCGGCACGGUGGCUCUUGACUGGCCCGUCGGGGGCGAGGCGCUGGAAGGCACGUCGGCCAAUGGCGAGGUGCCACCUUGCACUCCGUGGUUGAUCCUGCUGCCUGGGCUGACAGGCGGCAGUGGUGAUACAUACGUGAGGCACAUGCUGGUGCGAGCCAGGCUGGCAGGGUGGGGCGCAGUGGUCUUCAACUCGCGAGGCUGCGCUAACAGCCCUGUCACGUCCCCGCAGUUCUACUCAGCAUCGUUCACCGAGGAUCUACGGCAGGUGGUGCGCCACGUGGCAGCGCUACAGCCGCUCUCGCGCCUCUAUGCCGCCGGUUGGUCCCUAGGGGCCAACAUCCUCGUGCGCUACAUUGCUCAGGAGGGGGAGGAGGUGCCUCUGUCAGGAGCCGUGUCGCUGUGCAACCCCUUUGAUCUCGUACUGGCUGAUAGGAACUUCCACAUCGGGUUCAACAACUUCUAUGAUCAACGGCUGGGAUCGACGCUCAGGGGUAUUUACGCCAACCACGCGCCUCUGUUUGAGGGGCUGGGCGGCGAGUAUGACAUAGGCCUCGUUGCACGGGCCAAGACGGUGCGCGACUUUGACGUGGGACUCACACGAGUGUCAUUCGGCUAUCCCUCGGUUGAUGCUUAUUACCGUGACGCCAGCAGCUGUCGAAGCAUCAAGGACGUGCGCUUGCCUCUGCUCUGCGUUCAGGCUUUGGACGAUCCAAUCGCACCAGCACAAGGCAUUCCGUAUGACGCUAUUGAGAACAACCCCCUCACAAUGCUUGUCGGGACAUCCCAUGGCGGCCAUCUGGGCUGGGUGGCGGGUCCCGAGGCUCCAUUUGGAGCCCCUUGGCCGGACGUACUCACUAUGGAGUUUCUCGAAGGGCUGGAGAAGCGGGCGGUUGAGGAUGAAGGCGAGGGUAUUCCCCAAGAGACUGCCUAUGAGAAGUUGUUUGGGCAAAAGGAGGAGUUGGAAGUGGUUGGAGAGGGUUCGGCUGGUGGUGAGGGUGAACCGGGUCGUGGUGCGGGUGGCGAGGGAGGGAUUAAGAAACGACUGCUUCCCAUCACCCCUUCCCGCUCCCCGUUUCCCCUUCCCGCCUCCCCGUUUCCCUUUCCCGCCUCCCCGGUUCCCUUUCCCGCCUCCCCGGAUCCCGUACCCGCCUCCCCGUUUCCCGUUCCCGCCUCCCCGUUUUCUCUUCCCGCUCCCCGUUUCCCCUUCCCGUUCCCCGUUUCCUCUUCUCACCACCCCGUUUCCCCUUCCCGCCUCCCCGUUUCCCCUUCCCGCCUCCACGUGACCCCUUCCCCCUCCCUGUUUUCCCUUUCCCGCUCCUCGUUUCCCCUUCCCGCCUCCCCGGUUUUCCUUCCCGCUCCCCAUUACCCCUUCCCAUCUUCCCGUUCCGCCUUCCCGCUCCUCAUUUCCCCUUCCCAUCUUCCCGUUCCGCCUUCCCACUCCCCAUUUCCCCUUCCCAUCUUCCCGUUCCGCCUUCCCGCUCCCCAUUUCCCCUUCCCAUCUUCCCGUUCCGCCUUCCCGCUCCCCAUUUCCCCUUCCCAUCUUCCCGUUCCACCUUCCCGCUCCCCAUUUCCCCUUCCCAUCUUCCCUUUCCGCCUUCCCGCUCCCCAUUUCCCCUUCCCAUCUUCCCGUUCCGCCUUCCCGCUCCCCAUUACCCCUCCCCGCUUCCCCGUUUCCCCUUCUCGCCUUCUCGCCUUCUCAAUUCCCGUUCCAGCCUCCUCGUUUCCCCUACCUUUCUCUCGCUCUUUCCCCCCUGCUCCCUCUCAUUCCCCCCCCUGCUCCCUCUCAUUCCCCCCCCUGCUCCCUCUCAUUCCCCCCCCUUCUCCCUCUCAUUCCCCCCCCUGCUCCCUCUCAUUUCCCCCCCUUCCCCCUCUCGUUUAUCCCCCGUUCCCCCUCUCGAGUCCCCCCCAUUCACCUGCUCAGUUUCGGCGACCGGCGGACGUGCAGCGACACUGA